GGGGGCUGCGUAUAAAGCGAAGAUGCGCGCGCAGCCCACAGCACAGCAUCGGCGCGAGCGCACGUCACGCCGCGACAGUUACACGAACAUUUUGCGAACUUUGUGAAUUUCAUCUGUUGACGUUUACUGUGAUUUAAGGAUUCUGUGAACUUUUGACGGAGUCGCUGGCCACCAAGAUGGUUCACUUUAAGUUGGCGGUGGCGUCAGCGGUCCUGCUGCUGUCGCUGGCUGCAGCCACUCCGAGGAAGACGUACAAACGUGAAGCUCCGCUGAGUUCUUCUUACCUUCCACCCUCGCGAGGCGGUGGUGGUGGCGGUCACGGAGGAGGUGGCCAUGGAGGUGGUGGUCACGGAGGCGGUGGCGGCGGCGGUGGCUACGGAGGCGGCCGCCCAUCCUCUACAUACGGAGCCCCCAAGCCUUCCUACGGCCCACCGAAACCCAGCUACGGCCCCCCGAAACCGUCAAACAGCUACGGACCUCCUCCAUCGUCGAGCUACGGCCCCCCGUCCCAAAGCUACGGACCUCCACCAUCAAAGCCUUCAAGUACUUACGGAGCCCCCUCUAAGCCUUCAAGCACUUACGGAGCGCCUUCCAAGCCUUCCAGCACCUAUGGAGCCCCGGCGAGACCCCCUGCGACUAGCUACGGCGUGCCAACCGGACCUUCUACGACAUACGGCGCGCCUAAACCUUCGAAACCAUCGAGCACAUACGGCGCUCCUUCAAGCUCAUAUGGAGCCCCCGCACCAUCCAGUUCAUAUGGUGCCCCAGCUCCCUCCAGUACGUACGGUGCACCGUCGUCCGGUCCAUCCAGCUCAUACGGCGCGCCUGCCCCAUCCAGCACGUAUGGUGCCCCCUCGUCCGGCCCCUCUAGCUCGUACGGCGCUCCCGCUCCUUCCAGUUCCUACGGCGCUCCCGCCUCUCCACCAUCUAGCUCUUACGGUGCUCCCGCCGCAGUUCCUUCCUCCUCUUACGGUGCCCCAUCCUCAUCCUACGGUGCUCCUGCCGCUGUCCCAUCCUCAUCUUACGGUGCUCCCUCAUCCGGCGGCGGUGGCGGCGGAUUCGGUAGCAGCGGCUUCGGCAGCAGUGGUUUUGGAAGCAGCGGAUUUGGCUCUAGCGGUCCUUCAUCCAGUUACGGCGCCCCAGCCAGCUCCCCAUCCAGUUCAUACGGCGCUCCGUCCAGUACUUAUGGCGCUCCUAGCAGCGGCGGCGGCGGCCACGGCUCUGGCGGCGGACACUCAUCAGGCGGUGGCGGUGGAUACUCUUCAGGCGGAUCAGGUGGUUACUCGUCUGGCGGAUCCGGUGGUUACUCAGGCGGAUCUGGUUUCGGCGGCGGUUCCGGCGGCCAUGGAAGUGGCUCGGGAGGCUACUCGUCUGGAGGCGGUGGUGGCUACUCGUCUGGCGGCGGCGGCGGUGGCUAUUCGUCCGGAGGUAGCGGCGGCCACUCUUCGGGAGGCGGUGGAUACUCGUCCGGCGGCGGACACUCAUCCGGAGGUGGUGGAUACUCGUCUGGCGGCGGUCACUCUUCGGGCGGCGGUGGAUACUCAUCCGGCGGUGGUCACUCGUCCGGAGGUGGUGGCUACUCAUCAGGCGGUAGCGGAGGGUACCCGUCAGGUGGCGGCGGAGGCUACUCCUCGGGCGGUGGCUCGGGAGGCUACUCGUCGGGCGGCGGCAGCGUGCCGGCAACCAUCAGCCAGGGCUAUGACUCCAACGGUGGCUAUGUGUACUAGGCCCUGUAGGCUCUUAGCAUCCUAGCACUAAUAUACAAUAGUCAAUUAUUAAGUUAUCGCAGUAUCUUCAGUAAUCGUUACCAAUGUCACAAAUUAUGUAUGUAUUGAAGUAGGGCUCUAGUGAAAACUAUAUAUGUAUUAGAUAUUAAAACUGACGGAGUACAUGGAACACUUCGGAAACUCACUGAAUGUGUGAAGCAAUAGGAAAUACAAAGGCUGCAUUACUAAGAGAUCGAAGCUUUCCGUGUAUUCUGGUAAUAAAUUGUGAUCUGCAAUCGGUAAAAUAUUUGUGAACAGAGUAAGAGGAGCAGGAUGUCUCUCUACGAGUCGUGUCGCACGCUGCUUACCGAGUAAGCGACGCUUGAAAGUAUUACCAUUUAAUUUAACUAAUUAAUUAUUUUGUACAAAAAUUUAAUUUUAAGGUCUGACUAAUUAUACUUUUUUGUAUAAAUUAAACGUUUUGUAAAUAUUA